AUGUCGGACAAUCCAAAGUCCAAUCUCAAAUCAACAAAUUGGCGAGAUUUUAUUCCACCACAAGACCUGAAAAGAAGUGUUGAACUGGCGAACUCAACUCCAUACGAAUGGGCAAAGUUACGUUGUGCUGAACCGUUCGUCAUUGGCUGGAGGAAAACAUGGGAUGAACUGUAUAAUCAGCCAUACAAAGGGAUCACCACCAAUGGAAGUGUGAUUGGGGGUUUAUACCGUCUCUCCGAAAAGGAAGAAGACCAUGGGUCACCCGUGACCGAAAUGGUAAGAGCUGCACAGGAGGCCUUGUCUGUGGCAACUCCAGAUCAAAGAAAAGCACUGAGGAAGCCAAUUCACGCCCGGGAAUGGCGAGCUUGGAUGAACCCUGAAAUUUAUAUCUCUCGGCAUGGCGUGCGGCUUGAAGAGGCCUCUGACGAGCUAGUCGACGCGGUUUUGCAACUUAUCCGCGCAUCUUUAUCCAAAACAGGUUAUUAUAAGGCUACGGGUUGCAUGAAAGUCAACCAUUUUCUUGGAGAGACUGUCAAUGGCAGCAAAGUCUUAAACGAAAAGUCAUAUAACAUGACUAUUUUCGGAACUCCUUCAGAGGCGGAGCCUUGGGGCUGGCAACUAUUUGGCCAUCACUUUGACAUGAAUUGCUUCGUGGUUGGUACACAAAUGGUUGUAACGCCAGUGUUCAUGGGCGCUGAACCGAACAUUAUUGAUGACGGGCCAUACAAGGGCACUGAGCUCUUCACCGACCAGGAACAGACUGCUCUUGAAUUGAUAAACUCCUUCGAUCCUGUGAUACGGGAACAUCUACGAGUCUAUAACGAACUACAAGGCUCAGAAUAUCCUGAGUGGCGCUAUCAUCCUGCUGACCAGCGGCAUCUAGGGGGUGCAUUCCAGGAUAAUCGAGUUAUACCUUACGAAGGACUGAAGGUUACCGGAUUUUCGGCCGCUCAACAAGAUCUUGUCCGUCAUCUGGUAUAUUUGAGUGUUAACUACCUUCCAGAUAAAGCUCUAGUCACAAAGAUGGCUGAGGUGGAGAAUCAUUGGGCAGAGACAUACUUCUGUUGGAUCGGCGCAUUCAACAGGAAUGAUGGAUUCUACUACAAGGUGCAUUCCCCCGUUAUUAUGGUCGAAUUUGAUCAUCAUUCUGGUGUCUUCUUGAACAAUGCUCUGCCUUUACCCUUCCACAUCCAUACUUUGGUGAGGACGCCUAACGGCAACGAUUAUGGGAAAGAGUUACUUCGACAAAAACAACAGCGAUCGGACAAGGAAUCUCAGUGA